AUGUGCUGCAGGCACUGGUUAGAAACGGAGGCUAAGAAGUUUCUCAAUCUUCCUGAUGUAGAAAGAAUCAGACGCAUUGGGAGACAUACGGAUGAAAAGUUGGAUGCGAUACUCAUAAUGCUUGGCAUUAAUGAUUCUAUUCAUGAUGCAAAAGAAGGGGUCACCAAACAAGAAAGGCCAUAUGAAUUGGAGGAGCCAAACAUUAAUUACUUCCUGAAUCCUGUAGAGGCAAAAAAUGAAUAUGUGACUGUAAUGGUUGAGCCUGAUAGGGUGACCUUACUCUCUGCUGAAAGAAAAGGGAUUAGAGCAUGGGAUAAAAUUACUACGUGCUUUAGUGGUGGAACAGUGUUUCCUGCUCUAUGGAGUCACAAUGUUGUUGUGCUUGAUCUCAGCUGUGGAUUUGUUCAUAUAGACACCUUACUGGAACUGUAUGGUAGUAGUACUUCGAAACCAGUUGAUGUUGGAAUCACUGUCGGGAAAAACUUUGUUCCAAGUUUCAUGAAUAACCUUGAGGCUACAGAUAACUUGUCUACUCUACCUGGAAUUGGUGUAUGCGGUGAAGCUGAGAUUGAAAAGAAUACUAUUUUAGAAGGUGAUAUUCUUCCUUUAGAAAUGAAUGAUUCGGUUAAAGGAGCAACUGUUUUUAGAGGUGGAACAAUGCUGUCAAGAAUGAUGGUUUGGAUUCAGUUGGCCACUUGUUUCAGAGGUGGUACCACAUGUUUUGAAGGUUAUAGGGGACACCCGAUGUUCCUUGAUGAAGUGACCUUCAUUUGGAUGAUCACUUGGCAUACUUUGGUAGUUUCAGUUGUGAGAAUGGACAUGGUCAUGUUCCUGAUGAUUGGCGCUGUCAUAAUUAAAGGUUUCAACAGUGAAUUGAUAGUUGUUCUGACCAUUUGGAUGCGCUUAUAG